GAAAAUGCGCCGAGAAACAUUCCUGGCAUACUUUGGGAACAGUUCAGCAGGCAGCCCAGGAACGACGUCAGCUUCCCGCUUCACUAUAAAAGUCCGGAGGUGCCCAGGCUUCAGCAGACUGCAACAGCUUUACUGAGAGCCUCAUCUGCUCUGAGGGAGCCUCUGACGCCAGAGACUACCAGCAAACAAGAGAGACGAACGGCCGAGAGGGAAUACCCACGAUCUCCCCCACGAAGACAGACUUUUCACAAGAUUCCUCCUGAACGCGCACAAGAAAUUUGUCCGAGAUGCUGAUGCUUCAUUCUCUCGUUUUCUUCAUCGGAAGCCUCACCCUGGUCCUCUCCUACCCCCCAUCCUCCUGCCCCUCCGUGUGUGAGUGUCAGGUGGAGAUGCCCAAGUGCGCACCGGGCGUGAGCGUCGUCCUAGACGGCUGCAACUGCUGCAGAGUUUGCGCCAGACAGCUGAACGAGGACUGCAGCCUGACCGAGCCAUGCGACCACACUAAAGGGCUGGAGUGUAACUUUGGGGCCAGUCUUGCUGCUGCUACUACCCGUGGCAUCUGCCGAGCAAAGUCAGAGGGCAGACCAUGUGAGUACAACAGCAGGAUCUACCAGAACGGCGAGAGCUUCCAGCCCAACUGUAAACACCAGUGCACAUGCAUUGACGGAGCAGUGGGAUGUGUUCCACUGUGUCCGCAGGAGCUCUCCCUGCCCAAUUUGGGCUGUGCCAACCCCAGACUUGUCAAGGUGGCAGGCCAAUGCUGUGAGGAGUGGGUGUGUGAAGAUGGCAAGGAGACAGAUAUCCUGGAGAAGAUCUUUGGGAAAGACAAGCUGACUGAGGAGCUGGAAAAAGACCUGACCAACAGGAAUGAGCUCAUUGCAAUUGUCAAAGGAGGACUUAAGACCCUGCCUGCAUACAGACCUCAACCUGAAGUUUACAUGUUUGAUUCCCCCAAAUGUAUCGUCCAAACCACACCCUGGUCCCAGUGCUCCAAGAGUUGUGGAACCGGCAUCUCCACCAGGGUGACCAACAACAACAACGAGUGCAAGCUGGUCAGAGAAACACGACUCUGUGAAGUCCGGCCAUGCACCCAGUCCUCUUACGCUAGUCUGAAGAAAGGAAAGAAGUGCAACAGAACCAAGAAGUCAAGCCAGCCAGUCAAGUUCACCUACGCCGGCUGCUCCAGUGUGAAGAAGUACCGGCCCAGAUAUUGUGGAUCUUGCGUGGACGGCCGCUGCUGCAGCCCCCACGACACCAGGACCAUCCAGGUCAAGUUCCGCUGCGAGGACGGCGAGACUUUCUACAAGAAGACGAUGAUGAUCGAGACCUGCAAGUGCACUCACAACUGUCCCCAUGUCAACGAAGCCUCCUACCCCUUCUACCGCCUUUCCAAUGACAUCCACAAGUUCAGAGACUGAUUGGUGACAGAUAUCCGACCCCCCACAGCAGGAGACAGAGAUAGGCAGCCAAAGGCAGCCUUGACACAUGCAGGGGUGUAAAUAGACUGCCUGUCAACUACCAGCUUCUUGUUGUAACUAGAUUCCCAAGGAAUUGUGGGCUUACAUCAUGAGGACUUAAUGAAGUGCACUGUAUGCUGUGACUACAUCAGCAUUCUCAAUACAAAUUGCUUCAUAUUACUGGAGCAUUGAAGUAGCUUCGUCAUGGAGCAGGAUGUAAUUAAUAUUUGUACAUUGAACUUAGCGGCUGAUAUCAAUUCACUGUGUAUAUUUUGAUGUUCUUUAUGCAGACAUGACCCAGACUGUAGACUUGCGUGUGCAUAUGGAGAUAUGCACAUGCGCAACUUUGCUUACCCUACCAUCUUAUAUCUUAACAACAACAAAAUGCAAUCCCUAUCACUUGUUUGACAAGUGUGCAGUUUGGUUCCUUCCUGACGUGGGCAUUAGUGUUCAUGUUUUUGUGGCAGCUAUCGAUCUCCCUUCAUGAAAAAGGCAAACAUGUCAAAGAAUGAAUGAAUGUUUUUAUUGUUUUUUUUGUUAUUAAUAUUAUUUAUCAAAACUAAAUGUAGCUACUUUAUUUGGAUAUUAUGUGUCAUACUGGAAUAAAUUGUAAAAUGAUUUAAUUUUAUAUGCUACAAUAAAACUGAUUUAUUUAUGAAAUGCGA